AUGGAGGGCGCUGGCAUUGCCCUUGCUGUUAUCCCACUCGUUGUUGAGAUAUUCAAGUCCUACCGCACUGUGCGAGAUCGAUUUCGCGCGUUCGCACAUGCCGACGAUGUCCUACGAGAACUAAUGUUAAUAUACCAUUUGGCUAUGGAUAGCUUCCGCAACGAGUGCGAACUACUCCUGAGCAACGCCGUUUACGACAAUGAGAUCCUUGCCGCAAUGAUGGUAGAUCCAGAACACGCCGCCUGGCAGGAUCCGCAACUCGAACCACGCCUUUGUGCAUUCUUGGAUUCCAAUAACGAGACUUUUCGCAGGACAUUCAUCUGGAUCAAGGACAGACUGAAUAACGCUGAGCGCGAACUCGAACGGUUGUACGACGAGCCGGGCACUGAGGAAACUAGAGGUUUCCUCAGAGGAGCAAAGGACGCGAAGUUGGCUUUCACUAUCUCACGCAAGGAAUCUAGCGACCGAGUUCUGCUCGAUGAGAUAGAUGAAUGGCUUAAGAAGAUCAGAAGGCUCCGUAAACAACGAUCUUACGAGUCUGUGCCCUCCGACAAGAACGCAGUCCUUCAGCAGAGUCUACCUGUGAUGAGCGAAGAAUCGAAGCCAGUGACGAAUAUGUUGCAAGGUCUUAGGUCUGAGCUCGAGCAGCUCAUUCUCGCACAUCGAAUAGCCAUAGCAACGUUACAAUACCACUCAAGUCCUUGGCUUGGAGAAGAUUGGAAUCUCGAAGACAUCUUCCACUUCGAUGCCUGGGCACACCAGGAUCAUGACAGCUUCGAAAAGCGAUCGAAGAGCCUCCACUUCAAUGCACGGUUCUUAGCAACAACGACCUCUUCGCUUCGCCAAGCCGAGAAAGCCGAGAAAGAAGAAAAGUUCCGAUUACACGAGGUUAUUGGCAAGACAAACAUUCCUCUGGCAAAGCUGGGGGUCGCCCUAUUACAGAUAUGCUACAAGACGGACAAAUACAACGUCAACUCGAGCGGACAGCAUGCCAUUAUUACUGCUAGGGAAACCCUGGAAUAUCCACCUCGACCCCCAUCGUAUCUGGGUCGUCAAUGGCUUGAUAUGGCGCAGAAGUGUGUUGAUUGCGAUUUCUCCGUGGGAACUAAUCUUGACAGCGUUGCUCUACAAGCUGCUGUUUACCAUCAAAUCAUAUGCGUGUUGGAUAGCAAGAUCGUACCUCUCAAAGGUUUCAUGAAUGAGAUAGCAGAACCUAUAGUGUAG